CAAAGCCGCCGCAGAAGUUGCCCGGCAGAAGACUCCGGAGGCAUUGGCUCAGUAACUUUUCACGUCAUUUUCUGCUCCGGAGCCCCUGCUCGCCUCUCCGCGCAGCCUUUCCCACCGCAAAUCACCAGUGCUCAUGGGGCAGGCGAAAAGGAGCUUGCAGCACUGAACUGAACCGGACUCGAGCCCGUGAUGUCCGGCACCAAAUUGGAGGACUCCCCGCCUCGUCGCAACUGGUCAUCUGCCUCAGAGCUGAACGAAACUCAAGAGCCGUUUUUAAACCCCACCGACUAUGACGAUGAGGAAUUCCUGCGGUACCUGUGGAGAGAAUACCUACACCCGAAAGAAUAUGAGUGGGUCCUGAUCGCAGGGUACAUCAUCGUAUUCGUCGUGGCUCUUAUUGGAAACGUCCUGGUUUGUGUGGCAGUGUGGAAGAACCACCACAUGAGGACAGUGACAAACUACUUCAUAGUCAACCUUUCUCUGGCUGAUGUUCUUGUGACCAUCACCUGCCUUCCAGCCACACUGGUCGUGGAUAUUACUGAGACCUGGUUCUUUGGACAGUCUCUCUGCAAAGUGAUUCCUUAUUUACAGACUGUGUCAGUGUCUGUGUCUGUUCUCACACUGAGCUGCAUCGCCUUAGAUCGAUGGUAUGCCAUCUGUCAUCCUUUGAUGUUUAAGAGCACAGCCAAACGGGCCCGGAACAGCAUUGUCAUCAUCUGGAUUGUCUCCUGCAUCAUAAUGAUUCCUCAGGCCAUCGUCAUGGAGUGCAGUACCAUGCUCCCUGGCUUAGCCAAUAAAACCACUCUCUUCACAGUAUGUGAUGAGCGCUGGGGAGGUGACAUUUACCCCAAGAUGUAUCACAUUUGUUUCUUUCUGGUGACAUACAUGGCACCACUGUGUCUUAUGGUGUUGGCUUAUCUACAAAUAUUUCGUAAACUCUGGUGCCGACAGAUCCCUGGAACAUCAUCUGUAGUUCAGAGAAAAUGGAAGCCCUUGCAGCCCGUUUCACAGUCUCGAGCGCCAGGACAGCAGACCAAGUCCCGGAUUAGCGCUGUGGCUGCUGAAAUAAAACAGAUCCGAGCCAGAAGGAAAACAGCCCGGAUGUUAAUGGUCGUGCUUUUGGUGUUUGCAAUUUGCUAUCUACCAAUUAGCAUCCUAAAUGUGCUAAAAAGAGUAUUUGGGAUGUUUACCCACACAGAAGACAGAGAGACUGUUUAUGCCUGGUUUACAUUUUCACAUUGGCUUGUUUAUGCCAACAGUGCUGCGAACCCAAUUAUUUAUAAUUUUCUUAGUGGAAAAUUUCGAGAGGAAUUUAAAGCUGCAUUUUCUUGCUGUUGCCUUGGAGUUCACCAUCGCCAAGAGGAUCGGCUCACCAGGGGCCGAACCAGCACAGAGAGCAGGAAGUCGCUGACCACGCAGAUCAGCAACUUGGAAAAUGUAUCAAAACUCUCAGAGCAAGUUGUGCUCACUAGCAUAAGCACCCUCCCAGCAGCCAAUGGAGCAGGACCGCUUCAAAACUGGCUCAACUCACAAAGCCUGCACACUGCCAGGAUGGUGAGGCGAUAACGUUCUUCUGCAAGAAGCACUGGAGACAAGUAUCGAUGAACAUGUCCACUUUACUAAUGAUCACACACACUUUUUAAAGGGCAGUCAGAAGGGGAGUAACUAAUUCAGGGCAACACUAAUUCUAUAGGAUAGAACGAUAUUGGUACCACUUUGCUUCUCCAAUCAGCUUGAAGGUCAUAUAGCUAGGACAGCUUUCCAGGUGGUCCAAAUGGGCCAGGGCCACACCGGGGAGCUGUUAACCUGAUUGGCAAUUAUAGGGCCAUUUAACAGGGAGCAGCAGUGGGGAAAAGUGCCUGGGGCUCCUGCUGCCUUCCAGCAGUCUGGUUGUGGGGUCCUUCCUGGGAGGUAUGCUGUGCCACAUUCUCAACCUCCUGCAUGGGCAAAGCAGGCAGACUCCCUGCCAGGUACAGUAUCACCCAUAAUCUCUCCUAUCUAUCAUCUAUUUUUCUUUCUUUCCCUCUCUUUCUGUUGCUAUAUACAGAUCAUACUUGUGUAUACCAUAUUUUGAAGCCCAGAAAUAAAAGUAUAAAUCUUUGUAGUAAGAUGUUGGAACUUUCCAAAUGCUAAUAAUUUAUUUGGCUACUCAGAAUGCUUUAAUAAAGCAAGUAAUAUACAGAUAUUAUAACUAAAUCUAAUAAUAAUUUAACAUGGGAUUUAAAUGAAAACAGGAUCAAAUAGUGGUUAUAAACAAACUCUACAUUGAGCCUGGUUUUUUGAUCUUGGAAAGUUACUUCUACCUAAAUUUAAUCAUCAACAAUAUUAGGAUAAUAACAAUUUCUAAUUCAUAGAAUUCCUUUGAGAAUUAAAUGACUCGCUAUAUAUCAAACACUUAAAACAACUUUUGAAGUACGGUACAUAUAAAUAAUAUAAAUAAAUGUUAGCCUAGAAGUUAAGACUCAUGUUCUUAAAUAAUAACUUGAUUGAGAAGAAAAUCAAAACUAAAAUUAUAUUAAUCACAAAGCUAAAAUAAACAAGAUUUGAAGUCCAGACAAGUAACUAAGGAGCUUUAGAGAUCGUCACUCUGAAAUAGUUGUCUUACUGUAACUUUAAGUCCCUGUGCCUAGACUACCCAGCAAAGUCACUUUCACAUUCCAGAGCCAGAUAAACAGUGAGGGAAACUAAAUAAUUGUUGUUUUAAAGCAGUAAAUGUGGGUGUGCUUUUACAUAGCAACAAAACAAAAUAAUUGAUGAGUGGAAUGCACAGAAAGAAUGCAAAGUAGAUGGAAAUGGAGAAAAAUGAAAGAGAUGGAAAUAAUACAUUUCAGAAUAAGAUAAUAGAAUGGCUCUAAAAGAUAAGCUUGUUCUGAGCAUCUUAAUGAAUUCAAGGUCAUAUUACAUGGAAAGCACCAGUUUCAAAUUGUAAUGAUCCUUGGUUUUAUUUAAUGAAUUUCAUCGUUACAAAAGUGUGAGUUGGACAUAAACUUUACAUCAACAGAGAAGUUGAGUUUGUUUACAAACACAUAGUAGGAAGCAAAAACAAAAGCUUUUGGAAAACCUUUUAGAAUGACUUCAUUAAGUAGACAAAGUCCUUUCCAGAAAGAAUAUAAGUGAAGACAGAGUGAUCAACUUAAAAAGAUGCAACAUACUCAUUAUUCUAGUGAAAACAGCAGAAGCAUUUAGAGUAUGGAGGAGAAAUUAAAACUAGAAACAGCAGCACAACAGGGGAGUAGAAAGCCAACCUCAGGCAGGAGCUUCUAAUUUAGACAGAUGCAGAACAGCAAACAGUGCCAGUUAAAGACCUGACUCACAAACUCAUGUGAUUUUUACUUGCAUUUACAAAAGUGCUUUAGGUGUGAAUAAAUAUCUAAUAUUUCCAGUGUGUCUCUGGUGACUUCACACCCCUUUCCAGAUACUGUCCCUGUUCUCUGCUUACCUUUACAGCAAAUUCCUUUGCAAGAGGAAAUAAUCAUUUUCAGAAAUUGCUCUGCUUCCAUUUUAUCCUGAACCCACUCCAUCUAGGAUUUUGUACCCCAAAUACAACAAAUACAACAAAUAUUUCUGUUGUGGUGAUUAACCAGUAAGGCCUACAUUGUUAAAUCAACACUCUACUUAUUUUACUGCAGUCUUUAGUAGUUAAUCAACUACUUGUUCCUUCUCCUUGAAACACAUUCUUUACUUGGUUUCCAGAAUGCCCUAUUUUCAUGGAUUUUCUUUCUCUUACUUGAUAGUUCCUUUCCUCUUCAUCUUCUUGACCUGAUAUUUUAGUGCUCUUAACAAACCUCCUCUUUUUUCUUAUAUUUCCUAAAUUCUUAUAAUUCCAAUUCUAAUUUCCAUAAUUCUGUACACAGAAUAAAUUGUGAUCAUUUGAAUAUUGAAAACCAGGGUAGGCAGUUGGCCUGGUAGGUAAGAUGCUAAUUGAGAUACCAGUCAUCCACAGCAUAGUACUUGUGUUAAUGCCUAAUUCUGGCUCCUGACUCCAGCUUCCUGCCAAUGCAGAUCUUAGGGGACAACACCAAAGGCUAAGGAAAUUGAAUUUGUUCCACCCACUUGGGAGGCCUAGAUGGAGUUCCUGGUUCCCAGCCCCAGCUGGUCCAGUCCUGCCUGUUAUGAGCAUUUGGGGCAUGAACCAGUGGAUGGACACUCUUUUUUUUCUGUUCAUCUAUCUGUAUCUUCAAGUGAAAGAAAGAAAUAGAGAAAGAGAGAGAGGAAGAGAGAGAGAAAGAGAGAAAGGGAGAGAAAGAGAGAAAGAGAGAGAGAAAGAGAAAGACAGAGAGCCAGAGAGAGCGAGAAAGACAGAGAGAGCGAGAAAGACAGAGAAAGCGAAAGAAAGAGAGAGAGAGAGAAAGACAGAGAGAGAGAAAGAGAAAGGGAGAAAGAGAAAGGGAGAAAGAGAAAGGGAGAAAGAAGAAUUAAUUAUUAUUUCUACUCUAUUCAGUACUCUCCAAAGGCUCCUUAUUUUAUUCAAGUCAAAAAAAAAAAUCAAAGUGCUUAUUCUAAGCCUAAUAUUCCCACACAAUCUGCCUCCACUAGCCAUCUGACCCCAUUUUCUAUCACUCAUUACUUUGAGUAGUCUACCUCACACACAGUGAUCCAGUAGCUGACUGGUGACCAUACUGCAGGAAUAGCUUAUCUUCAGGCUUUACAAUUGCCCAUAUCUCUUCCUGGAAUUUCUCUUUGCUUACUCUGUCUUGUCCCUGUACUUCCCUUACUUACAAAUCCUUUAUAAAAUAGUAUUUUUUUAAUCCCCCAAAUACAGUAUUUUCUCUCUCCUUUGUCCUGUCUUAUGUUCCUUCCUACUGUUACAGAUAGCUAGUAUUGAUAGUAUUUCUAGUAUGAGUAUUAUUUAUGCUUAUGUUCCUCAACUAGAAUAUAAGCUCCAAAGGAGGAGCUGUAACUCUUUUAGUAUCUGUGCCUGGAAUAGUAUAGGUACUCAGUGAGUAUAUAUUGAGGAAACAAAUGAAUAUUGGUGGCCGGUGGCGCGGCUCACUAGGCUAAUCCUCCGCCUUGCGGCACCGGCACACCAGGUUCUAGUCCCGGUCGGGGCACCAGAUUCUGUCCCGGUUGCCCCUCUUCCAGGCCAGCUCUCUGCUGUGGCCCGGGAGUGCAGUGGAGGAUGGCCCAAGUGCUUGGGCCCUGCACCCAAUAUGAGACCAGGAGAAACACCUGGCUCCUGCCAUCAGAUCAGUGUGGUGCGCCGGCCGCAGCGCACUGGCCGCGGCGGCCAUUGGAGGGUGAGCCAACGGCAAAGGAAGAUCUUUCUCUCUGUCUUUCUCUCUGUCUCUCUCUCUCACUGUCUACUCUGCCUGUCCAAAAAAAAAAAAAGAAUAUUCGAGUGGAUAAAAUUGAAAACAUAUCCAAAGAGAAUAUUAGAUAAACGUAAGCAUGAAAAUUUAGUGGUAUUUUGUCAUUUCGAUGCAGAUAUAUAAAGGUAUUCAUGAUGCACUGUUAAAGGAACAAAACAAAUUACAGAAUACUAUGUAAAGUACAAUCUCAAUAUAAUACAUAUAUGUUUAUAUAUAUAAACGAGUAGGAAUAUUUUAAAAGAUAUACAUAAAAUCUUAACAUUAUUUCUAAAACUGGAAUUAUACAUUGUUUCCAUUUUCCUGUUUCGAAUUUCCUGUUUUCUGAAUUUUAACAAUUAUGUUUUAUAAUUACAAAAGACAACUGAGUAAUUUUAACAAGAAAAAUGUGCUAGAUGGAUAAAAUAUUUAUUUUGCAUGCCAUUCAUGGAAUUUGAGACAUUUUAAUUGCUAUUUUAACACCUAGGACUUGGAAAGGCUGUUUCAUUAAAAAAAACUAAUAUAUAAAUAUUGAAUUUUAAUAUAAAAAAGCUAGUAAUUCAGAAUAUAUGCUAACUUCACCAAAUUUGUUAAUUUAUUUUCAUUUCAAAUUUAUUAAUAAUAUUGUACCAGCUACACUUUGUAAAAUGGUAUUAUAGGAUACAUAUGUAUGUGUACAAGUAUAUAUGGACUUCAAAAGCUUAAGGGAUAUAGUCCAAAAUUAAUAUCAGUUACUCAUAAGUAUUAGAAUCAUGGUGAUUUUCUCUGUGGUCUUAAUUUCACAAGAACAAAAUAACACACUACUAAAAUUUUAAUGUGCAGGGGCCAGAGUUGUAGCACAGUGGGUUAAGCUGUGGCUUGCGAUGCUGGAAUCCCAUAUUGGAGUGCCGGUUUGAGACACUGCUGCUUCACUAUGGAUCUAGCUCCUUGCUAAUGUGCUUGAGGAAGCAGUGGGUGAUGUCACGAAGUAUUUGGGCUUCUACACCCAUGUGGGAGUCCAGGAUGGAAUUCCAGGUUCCUGGCUUUGGCUUGGUUGAUCUUCAACCAUUUGGCCAUUUGAGGAUUGAAAUAGCAGAUGAAAGAUUUAUCUAGGAGCUGGCACUGCAGUGCAGCCGGUAAAGCCACCAUUUGUGAUAACAGCAUCCCAUAUGGGUGCCAGUACUAGUCCCAGCUGCCCAAUUUCCAAUCCAACUCCCUGUAAAUGUGUCUGGGAAAGCAGUGGAAGAUGGCCCACGUCCUUGAGGCAUUGCACCCAUGAAGGAGACCCAGAAGAAGCUCCUGGCUCCUGGCUUCUCCUGGCCCAGCUCUGGCUGUUGUAGCCAUUUGAAGAAUGAACCAGCAGAUGGAAGAUGCCUGCCUCUCUGUCUCUCCCUUUUCCCCUCUUUCUCCAUAACUCUGCCUUUCAAAUAAAUAAAUA